AAGAGCACUUCGGCUACUGCAAUCCGUAAAUGAAGUUUUUAUUGCCAUAAACUCUUGGAAAUGCUACAUUAUAUUAUGGGCUAUGUCCGGUUCCUUCCCUAUUUAUGAGACAUACUCAGAAUGCUCGAGUGAAUGUAACUCAUUCGUGUCCCACUGCGCCGGUCAAGCUCCACUCAUAGUUUGCCAAUUGAAUAUUAUCGUAUUUCUUGUCUGCAUUUUUUCUGCAGUUUUCACAGGCGUGGUGCUUCCUGUACUGUGUCUGUUAUGUUGCGUCACAAAUUGGUGUGCAGAUGCGCGACGAAUUUGGCGUACUGGUCAUGCCAGCGACGAGGAGACGGUAAAGCUGAAUCCACGGAGUGUCCAAGUGUCAGUCUCCGAUUCUGGAACAGCAACACUUCAGCCUGUCGCUCCUCAACGGAAAGCGAUGUCAAAGGGUACGAUAUCGUUUGCCUAGAGCGGUGACCACUCGCAAUCAUUCUCAUUUCUUCA